CUCACCACAUAGCCCGGACUCAACAACGUAUCAUUCAAGAUGCGGCGGCUGUGGUAUCUGGCGGCCGUGUUCGCGGGCUGCCUCCUGGUACCAACCGACGAAUAUGUCAUCGGUGAUAUUAUUGCAAGUACCAUGAUAGCUAAUAGCUUCACGAUACCCAUUGCUCUGUCGACAUACGCGCUCUUGAAGAUCACGCUGGGCCUGGGCAUCCUGGACGCCAUCUCGGACAAGGCGUCGCUGACCACGGCCGGGCUCGUCUCCUCGGCGGGCGUGCCCAUCCCCGCCCCGGGCCUCGCGGCGGGGCCCGUGUCCGUGCCCUCCCCGGAGGUCGUCUUCGGGCCGCUGUUGGAGGGCGGCCACGGACCGGCGCCCGGGCACGGACAUGGACCAGGGUAUGGACCUGGCCAUGGACCCGCUCCUGGCCAUGGCCCGGCAUCUGGCCAUGGUCCGGCUCCUGGCCAUGGUCCGGCACCUGGCCAUGGUCCGGCUCCUGGCCAUGGUCCGGCACCUGGCCAUGGUCCGGCACCUGGCCAUGGACCGGCACCUGGCCCUGGUCCGGCACCUGGCCAUGGUCCGGCUCCUGGCCAUGGUCCGGCACCUGGUCCGGCUCCUGGCCAUGGUCCGGCACCUGGCCCUGGUCCGGCACCUGGUCCGGCACCUUUCCGUGGUCCGGCUCCUGGCCCUGGUCCGGCACCUGGCCCUGGGCCGGCCCCUGGCCAUGGUCCAGCACCUGGUCCUGCACCUGGCCAUGGACCGGCACCUGGACAAGAUUUUGCGCCAGGGCUUGGGAAUGCGCACGGACCUGAACCUGCUCUAGGGCAUGGCCCGGGGCACGAAGCCUCCCCAGGGCACGCGCCAGGCCCAGCGGAGGGCGCGGAGUUCCAUCCCCUGCACGCGGAGUUCUCGCACGCCGAGCCGGUGGCGAGACUCGACAACUAUCUCCCGCAGCAAGAGAAUAAUUUCUACCCUGGGCAGCCCUUCCAUCCGCCUCCAGAAGAGUCCCGGUAUCCUUCCGUCGUUGUCUACAACCCCUUCCCGGAGAGAGAUGCUCCUUCCCAGCGAGUGUUCGUCCCCUUUCCCUUGGACUACGAUCUCUCCGACAACAGCUUCCCUCCCCCGAUGUUCUCGCCCGCACAGCCCCACGCCGUCUACAAGAGAGCAGCCGAAAACACCUCCAAGAUGAAGGACCUCCUCCUCGCGGCCGUCUCCCAGGUAGACACCGUCGGUUGCGCUCCCAAGAUCCUGUGCUACCUGCAGACGAAGAGCUCGAGCGAGUGGACGUUGGAGGAGAAGGCUUUGCUCGCAUUGUUCGCUAACACGACUUCCAAAACCGCUAACGCCAGCAGCGCCCCCUUCGUAGAGGCCGUCGAACUCGGAACCAGUUCGCAGAACCCUGUGGCGUGUGACCUGGCCUACCCCAAGUGCACGCCUAACGGGGAAGACCUCAGAAAGCUUCUCAAGAUGGCGGGAGGCUGUGGGAACACUAUCAUUUAGUUUUUAAGGUUUUCAUAAUGUUCGACUUAUUACUCAGGGCUUUAAUUCUCUGUUGUUGCCAUCAUGAUCAUUGUUAUUAUUAUCAUUGACUAUACAAUCCUCUGUCUAUCUACCUAGUUAUGUACACGCCUUUGUAUGUGUGUGUACUUACAUAUAAACACAUACAUACACAUAACGGAGAUCCAAUAAUCAAAAUAAGCACAAAUAGAGCACAGAUACCAUACGGAAUACUGUACCACUCCGAUCACCAAGUCACGUUCACGCAUAAGCUCAUAUAAGGAUAGUUAGCAAUUUC